UUUAUUAUGGGCGGGUCUUAUCGCGUUAUCAAUUUUAAAAGCACAGUAUCCACCGCUGUUAGCAGUUUGCUAAACUUUACAGAGCAGCAGAAAUCUGGUGAUAUAAAUCCGAGGACGCCUUCAAGAUCCUGCUCAGCGUGUGUUAUUGGGACAAUCAGACGUGUAGGGAGGUUUUUUUUCAGUGUGGCUAGUGACUGUAGCCCCGGGUUAGCUUGAUAACAAAAACGCAGGAGGAAGAAAUGAACCAUAAAAGUAAGAAGAGAUUAAAAGAGGCGAAACGGAGCGCCAGGCCGGAGCUGAAGGACUCGCUAGACUGGAUCAAACACGGCUACAAUGAGACUUUCGACCUGUCACACCGCACCGUGAAGGACAAUGUGGAGCGCGUGGACGCGCUCCGUCUUGCUCCAGAAGAGUUCAUCCAGCGCUUUGAGCGGCCCUACAAACCCGUAGUCCUGCUCAACUGCCAGGAGAGUUGGCCUGCCCGCGAAAAAUGGACCCUGGAGCGCCUCAAACGCAAAUACCGCAACCAGAAGUUCAAGUGCGGGGAGGACAACGACGGCUACUCUGUGAAGAUGAAGAUGAAGUACUACGUAGAGUACCUGGAGUCCACCAGAGAUGACAGUCCGCUCUACAUCUUUGACAGCAGCUACGGCGAGCACGCCAAGCGACGGAAGCUGCUGGAGGACUACGAGGUGCCCGUGUUCUUCAUGGAUGACCUGUUCCAGUUCGCAGGAGAGAAACGCCGCCCACCGUACAGAUGGUUCGUGAUGGGCCCGGCCCGUUCUGGUACCGGUAUCCACAUUGACCCACUUGGCACCAGUGCCUGGAACGCCCUGGUCCAGGGCCACAAGAGGUGGUGUCUGUUCCCCACCAACACGCCGCGAGAGCUCAUCAAAGUGACCCGAGAGGACGGGGGGAACCAGCAGGACGAGGCUAUCACCUGGUUCAACGUGAUCUACCCCCGAACGCAGCAGCCGUCCUGGCCCCAGGAGUUCAGACCGCUGGAGAUCCUGCAGAGACCCGGAGAGACCGUCUUCGUUCCGGGUGGGUGGUGGCACGUGGUGCUCAACUUGGACACAGCGAUCGCCAUCACUCAGAACUUCGCCAGCUCCACCAACUUCCCCAUCGUCUGGCACAAAACGGUCCGAGGACGACCCAAACUGUCCAGGAAGUGGUACCGAGUUCUGAAGCAGGAGCGUCCGGACCUGGCGGCGCUGGCUGACAAAGUGGACCUGCAGGAGUCCACCGGCAUCGCCUCGGACAGCUCCAGUGACUCUUCGUCCUCGUCUUCGUCGAGCUCGUCGGACUCUAAUUCUGAUGCCGAGUCGGGUUCUGAGGGCGAUGCCGUCUCCCACCGCAGGAAGAAGAGGCGAACCUGCGGGACGAUGGCUAACGGAGACUCCACCAGCCAGGACGACUGCAUCAGCAAGGAGAGGUGCUCGUCACGGUGACCCUCGCCUGUCCGGACCUCCAGCUGGUCCGGGUCCUGAUCUGGUCCGGCUGUCUUCAGAGGCUCUCCUCCUGGGCCAGGUCCUGCUGCAGACCUGCAUCACUGUGCUUUUAAAGCGACUGAACCUUUGGGGGGAGGGUCGACGCAGCGGCACCGCCUUUGACUCUAAAUCACAUUUUCUGUCAGUUCAGGCCAAAAUGAACCGUUCGUUGCUGCGUUCAAGUCAGCUCGGAGAUCAGAGACUCCUGAGAGUGCACUGGAACUUUAACGCCACCUGCUUGUUGUUUUGUGUCAUAACAUUUAGUUUAAAUUGAAUUAAAGACCAACUUUAAGUUGUUUAACUUAUUUUCACAUCUGGUACAAACGUUUGGGUUUCUGACACCUGAGGUGAACAAACGCAGCAUCAAACGGGGUUGCCUUCGUUUUUUAAACGCGAUCAAAAGAUCAGAAAACGGUUUUAAAUGUUCUGCCGUUCACAUGUUUCCUGAGUUUAAAGUUUCCCACAUCGUUGUAGUUUCCAAAGAAAAGCC